GCUGGCUGGACUAAUCUUAAUUCAUCCCUCAGGGGAAAUCUGAGAAGGAUAUCAAAGUCAUUAGUUUUUGUUUCUGCAAAAAAGCCUGAGUCAAAGUUAACAUUUGAUACAGUGAUGUCCAAGGCAAAGAAUGCAACUGUUGGUAUGUAUUUUUUGAAAAAAUCAAUAAAUAAAAUUAAGUAAUGCACGUUUUCGUAUAAAAAGUAUUGGUAGAAUACGAAUAUUCGGCCAGCGGACCUCUCUAAAGCAUCUAAAUUUGUUAUUGAUCGGUUUCGAUCCUAUUAUCUGAUGCGCAAUAAGUCUCAAGAUGCCUAUCUUUAAAAAUCUGCAAUUUUUCAUAGACUUCUGUGCUUUCAAACCAGCCAGGCUAUGUUGCAUUAAUCCAAUGAUGUGGAAUGGCCGGAGUCUUUUUUUUAUUAACAGGGCUGUCAGUAAGAGCCGGGGGCCGGGGAUUUCCCCCGGCUACUAUGAGCGUGGCCCCCGGCUGCUUUUAUAAGAAAAUAGAAGAAAAAUAGAACGAAACGAAAUCCUACUUAUUACCCGGCAACUUAAAAUCUUAGUGACAACCCUGUAUGAAGGUUCUCGGUUAAAUCUGAAGACUACCCCACAGAGAAGGUCCUAUGCAGCGGCUUGAAAGUUAAAAACAUGGCUGCACUUAAAUGACUUGCAAGAAAGGCUCAGUAAUCUGACAGUUCCAAACAGCCACAAAGAGAGAACAAACAAAUUUGCCUCACCAACUUAGCAAAUAAAUAUGCUGUUCAUAACAGUACUAUAAUUAGAAAAGAAAUUUUGGUAUAUUAAGACUCCAGCCCCCUCCCCCCAACUUCAAAAGGGAUAGUCACUGGCCCCUGCACUUUAAAAACUGCUCUGCAGGCCCUGGGUGAGAGGGUUAGAUGGCCGCUAAAGGGAGCUUGCCCAUGCAGCUACAAAAUCAACAUAAGUGGUGUUUUGAAGUGUAACUGGAAGAGUAUGUGAUAAAUGAUAUAGAUUCAUUCAAAUGAACAGAUUUAGAGGUGAACGAGAUUUCAUCUUGGGUGUCUGCUUACAGUCACUGUGCCUUCUUUUGUAUUUGCUGUGUAAUUUUAACCUUCUUUUAAUGUUUUGAGUUGUUAUUUUUAUGUUUUGCUUUGUUUGGUGGCGAUAGAUUUUGUGACGCAGCCCCUUUUCUUAAAAGAACUGACUGUUCUAUGUUGUUUCAGUUUUGUUUGGUGAACAACACCACGAGCCAUCGAUUCUCAAGGCCCAGUUAUGUGUCCUUGAAAGAAUGGUAUCACAAACACAGCUUCUGUCUACCAACGCUUCCAAGGGUACAUCUAGUGUUACAGUGGUAAUGGAGAUGUUUAACUUUCAACAGCAACCUUUGCUUGAUGCAUAUCAGGCUGACCAAAUUUCAUUAGAUGAACUUUCAAAUAAAUACAAAGGAACUGAAGGAUUUGCACUGGAGCAUUACGGAUAUAUCUUAGAAGUUGCUAAAAAACUUGGAGUCAAGCUAGUGGCUGGGUUUGUGCCCAAACCAUUUUGCAGCAUGAUGGUUAAUGAGGGGAAAAACCAUGUUCUUGAAAAAAUAGAAAAAAGUGGAGGACCACCAAGAGAAUUUUAUGUUGAUGGAUCUGAGGAUCACUAUCGAUACUUUCAAGGACUCAUCAGUGGAAAUCUUGACAAAGUUGUAGACAAGUAUCGUCGGAUAUUUCCAGCACAGAUACUAAGAGACAGUGCAUUUGCUUACACAGUUAUGGAUAUAGUACAAAAGUCAAAUGGACAGACUAGAGUCUUGGGUAUCUGUGGAUCAGGGCACUUAGAUUACAAAUUUGGUAUCCCUGAGCGGAUAUCACCAGAGGUCCCCAUUUAUGUGCUGACAUCACGUGCUCAAGAUGACCCAGUGGAACAUAAUGUUGCUGACUGCAUCUUUCAGUAUUCAUAA